AUGGCCGUCAUUCUGGGACGCGAUGAACUUGGUCGUGUCAUUGAGACGCAGUUUCACGAUGGGAAGGUGCAGAUCUCUUGUAGAGGAGAUUCCUCAAGAAACAAGCGUGAAUCGAGCAGGCGAUAUAUUGUCGACCUCUUGACGAGGAUGUUCCUACCGGCUGGUUACCCGCAGAGCGUCUCUCCAGAUUACCUUCGCUAUCAAAUACUGAACGCGUUGCAAGCAUUCUGCAACUCGUUGGCCAGCUUGCUAUCCUCCAGAGCGAUUCUGCAAGGCUUCGGAGUCGGAGACCCCACAGCGACGCCUACCGGAGCCUUGCUUCUAACCAUUCUCCAAGAUGUAUGCAGUCGCCUAACCACCAUCUUUUCCGCGCAUAUAUUUGGGUCUUCUCUCUACCCCGAAGCGAAGACAUACCGUCUACUCGCCGACAUUCUCAACGACACAGCUGUCAUCUUAGACACGCUAUCUCCCUGGUUCAACACCCUACCUAUUCCUGGCCUGCGGAUAUUCUCGCUCUGCUUGAGCGCUGCCUUCAAGUCAUUAUGUGGAAUUUGUGCUGGAGGCUCGAAGGCUGCUAUUACAAUCCAUUUUUCGACUCCUCUGGUAGGGAAGGGGGAUGUCGGGGAUCUGAACGCGAAGGACGCCAGCAAGGAAACUGUCCUGGCCCUCUUCGGCAUGCUCCUGGGGAUCUUGAUUGUCCCUUACGUUACAACACCCUCAGCCACCUACACCGCCCUUGUCAUCCUCGUUGGGCUCCAUCUUACCACCAACUAUUUCGGCGUCCGGGGUCUUGUCCUACGUUCGCUCAACCGCCAACGCCUCUCCAUCGUCUGGAACACCUACCGCAGCUCUCCUACCCUCCAAGUACCUACUCCAUCUUCGGCAGCUGCCAGCGAGCGUAUCUUCGAGGGCUCCGGAAUCAUCCGCGACGUUGACACACUUCACGUUCAGGGCCACUGUACUAUUGGCUCGAGUUUUUCGGACAUUCUUCGCUCUCCUCUCCCCACUGAGCUUCUGGACCUCUUCGACCAGGAACGGUACAUUCUCUGGUUUGACCCCAGAUAUCUGAUUCAUCAUGAUGGACAAGAUCCUGCUAGAUCUAUGUCCUUCUCUGGCUUGAGACGUUUACACAUCUUCCUCAAGGAAGGGUAUACCAGUACAGAUCAACUUCGGGCAUGGGUUCAUGCGGUGGAAGUGUGCUGCGAUCGCGGCCUUCGGGCUGAUAAUAUAACGGAUCCUCUGGAAAUAAUUCGGACUGCUCAUAGAACGAUUUCUUCAAAGUUUUCAGACUUCUUGUCCAAACUACGAGCUGCGGGCUGGAACACCGACGAAGUUGCCAUUAUGACAGGCGCUCCUCAACUGGUUAUUACGGACAUUAGUCAAGGGACAGUCGGACCUGAAGGAAAGAAAACACGGUAG